AACCGCUUAAACCGUCGCAUCGGUCAUUCAAAUUUUGCCUUUCAUGGCUUUCCCCAGUUUUCUAUUCUGUCCGUUCAAUUCCUCCAAAUUUCGAUGGGAAUUUUUUGGGGGUUUCGGUUUUUGUGUUUGCUGAUUUCUGAAGCGAACAACACUCAGAAUUCUGUACCAAAUUUCAUUUGCUGAGUUUGGAGAAACCCAAUGUCGGCUUCGACCGCAUCCAUUGCGGCGAACCCCGGUACUCGGCGGAGGUCGGCGGUUGUGGUGUCUACAGAGAAUUUAAAAAAUAUCGAGUUGGUUUCUGCUGAGCCUCAACAUAAGGCCGGUGACGAUAAAUCCACUAUCCGUAAUGGCAGAGAUCUGAGUCACCACUCGAUUAGGGGUGAGGCUACUCUCGAGCGAACCUCCAAGGAAGCCGUACAGACCAAGAAAUCCGCUGCAACCUCCACUGUUACAACCACCGCUUGGCGGGGUCGGAAGGUGACCUCUCGGAAACCCCGUUGGGUCACCGUCCUCAGUGUCUUUGCUAAGAACUUCGUUCUUCUGAUUUUGAUUGCGGGUCUUGUUCAGAUUCUCAGGAAGUUUGCCUUGCGAUCUGGAGAUGAUGGAGAAGGUCCCCCUUUAGCGUUUUCUGAUUUAGAAGGACGAAUUGCGGAACUAGAGAAGCUUUUUAAGUCCACGACGAAGAUGAUGCAGGUUCAAGUGGAGGUCGUUGAUCGGAAGAUUGAGAAUGAGGUUGGAGGGUUGAGAGAAGAGUUUGGGAAAAUGAUUGAGGAGAAAGGGUCUGUAUUAGAGAAUAGAUUGAUUGAAUUGGAGUCCCAAGGUGAAGCUUUAGAGAGGUCAUUAGGUGAGUUGAAAGAUGCUAAUUGGUUGUCUAGGGAGGAGUUUGAUAAGAUUUUUGAGGAACUGAAGAACAAAAUUAUGGGAGAUGAUGCUGGUAAAGGACAAGCUAGUUUGAAUGACAUCAGGGUGUAUGCAAGAGAUUUGGUAUUGAAGGAGAUUGAGAAACACGCAGCUGACGGGCUUGGGCGGGUGGAUUAUGCUUUGGCUAGUGGUGGAGCCAUGGUUGUGAAGCACUCCGAACCUUAUUUGGUAGGAAAAUUAAGCAAAUUGUUUCUAAUGAGUGCAAGAAAUGUGAUUCACAAUGAUGCCAGAAAGAUGUUAAAGCCGAGUUUUGGAGAGCCAGGACAAUGUUUUGCAUUGAAAGGCAGUAGUGGGUUUGUUGAGAUUAGGCUGAGGAAAGCAAUUAUUCCUGAAGCUGUUACUCUGGAACAUGUUGCCAAGAGUGUUGCUUUCGACAGAUCAAGUGCUCCCAAGAAUUGCAGAGUCUCUGGGUGGCUGCAGGAGCGUAAUACUGAACGGUCUUAUGAUUCAGAGAAGAUGUUUCUUCUAGCUGAGUUCAGUUAUGACCUUGAGAAGAGCAAUGCACAGACCUUCAAUGUGUUGGAGUCAGUUGGGUCCAACGUUGUUGAUACUAUCAGGCUUGAUUUCACUUCCAACCAUGGAAGCCCUUCUCAUACUUGCAUUUAUCGCUUGAGGAUGCACGGUCACGAGCCAUACUCACUUUCUAUGAUGCCAAUGCAAUCUUGACAUCUCGCCUCUCGCCCUCUCUCUUGAUCUGAUCUAAUUACAGAGCUUGAAUUGUAUCUUUCAUUAGAUUCUGGAUACUAGUCAGGGUAUUUUGCUUUGUAAUUGUAUCUAGGUUUUUCUAGCUGAACAUUUAGGGAAAAUGUAUAUAUGAGCUUAAAGUAUAUAUGAAUUUUUAUUUAUCUU